AUGAGCAUUCGAUUAUAAGACAUGAAGUUAUUUCUUGUUAAAGACAAUUCACCAAUCAAGGUAGAAUUGAAACAACAAGAUGACAUACUCUUCAACCUUGUUACCAAAGCAGAUCGAUCACCAAUCAAUAUUCUGGUUCCAGUAAUUGAAGGCAAUUAACCUAUUACAAUUAAGGUAAAUGAUUACAAUGCUGAAAUCCUUCCAGACAAUCUUGAAAUGUAGUCAACAUAUAAAUUGUUACUUGAAAAUGGGUAACUUAAAUAAGAACCAAUUCAACCAGGAGAUACCUUUGCAUUGUCCUUCAAAGUCAGGAGUGGCAAUGCCAACACUCAAGGAGUAACAGGCAAUUCAGCUAUGAAUGGAUCAACUUUAUCGACUUUGUAGCUAUCCCAAUUGAGACACAAAUUAGUUGAAUAAGGCAAAGGAACCUCAAUGUAUCAAUCUGCUUCCUCACUCAGACACAGCAUACCUGAAGUGUCCUUUUCAAAAGCUCAGAGAUUCGAUAAAAACUUAACUCUCAGAACUGAGUUCAAUUACAGCAUUCCAGACUCCGUUGGAUCCCAAGGCCGAUCAACUGGCUUUGGAUAUGGCGGCAAAUUCAUUUCUCCCUUAUAUGUUCAAAGGAAUGCUGAAUAGAAUCCACCUCCUGAUGCUUACUUCAAAGAAGAAAUCAAAUAGCCAUCCCAAUACCGAAGGACCAAUUGGUCCUAAAGCGAGAGAUUCAAGAUGUCGCAUACUGUCCAAGGACCUAGUCCCAACUCAUAUGAAGUCACCUAGUUGAUUGGUGCAAAUAAACCCGCAUGCACUAUUGGAUCAAAGAUUAAGCCAUUGGCCACUUUCUAAGAGAAGGUUCCUGCCUCGAACACUUAUGAAAUCAAGACUUAGAUCAUUGAACCUUCAAGAUUUAAUAAGAUCACCUUAGGAUAUGGCAAAAAGUCUGACUUCACCAAGAAUGAUAAGACUCCUGGACCAGGCACAUAUGAACAGCCUUCAGUUUUUAAAAACAUGUCUACUUCCAUUUUAAGCAAUGGAACAUUAAGAACAAAUGUAAUGAGAAAAUGA